CCUGCUGCUGCUGAUUAGGGGCGGGGAGUGUCUGUUGAAGUUAUUUGGACAGCUACUAAUUCAGCGGGACGCGGAUGUUCCGAUAGUCUUUUGUUCGCUGCCAUGGCCGAACCACGAAGGGUUCAACUGACUACUCUAUCCAGUAAUGUCCCCCUGCAGUCAGCGGUGGGGGUCAUUAAACCAGCGUUACCCCCUAAAGAGGAGCUCACUAUUACUCCAGUAGCUGCGUCGACCUCAACUUCCUGGGGAAGUCCAACCAAACAACCUGUAGCCACAUCCAACUCGUCUUCUCAGGGUACUUCAACCAAACUGGUUAAGACCGAACGCUUUGUCCUGACGUUGUUUGAGCCAGACCAGCAUAGGUGUCCUGAGUUCUACUACCCUGAACUUGUUUACAAAAAGAGCGUUUCAGACAAAGAUCUACCAAACACAAUUGAACAGGAGAACAGAGAGAAGGAUGAACUUGGAGCGAUCGCCAGGAGAUUCGAGGAUAAAUAUGGAUUUGGGAACAAACGUAAGAAGGAUCGUAUUCAGGAUCUAGUGGAUAUAGGCUAUGGUUAUGACAACGAAGACUCUUUCAUCGACAACUCCGAGGCAUAUGAUGAGUUGGUCCCAGCCUCUCUGAGCACCAAGCUAGGAGGGUUCUAUGUCAACUCUGGACCUCUCCAGUUCCGCCAGGCCUCUGAUACGGAGACAGACGACGACUUCAUGACCAAGAACCAACAACCCAAGCCCCCUAAAAAACGCAGGAAGCAAGAGGGAGAAGUGAAGAGGAGGAAAUACCCUGGACAGGUGGCGACUGCAAACCCCGCGGUGUCAAACACUGGUGUUCUACCUGACAAGAACAUGUUGGAGGAGAAACCAAAGAAGAAGAAAAGGAAGAAGCCUGCUGGUCCUCUGAGUGUCACAGACAUGUUGAGAAAGUUCCAGAAACAGAAAGACAAAGAGAAACUAAAAAGAGAGAAAGAGCGAGAGCAACAGAAGUUUGGUCUGGAGAAGACUACACUACCCACAACCCCCUAUGUUUCUGCAGACCCUGCUGGGGGCGGAGCCAACAUGGCGGACCCUCUGCUCAGCUUGAUCGGAUCGACCAAUGACAGGGCGUUUCUCCAGGCAGCCAGCACUGUGGACUUUGACCUCGAUCUAGACACCCUAUUGGACGCCUCCGCUGAGACGCUGGCCAAUCAGGUAGUCGUUGCCAUGACCUUAACCAAUCAGGAGGUCAACGCCAAGAACUUGGCCUACGAGGAAGUGAACGGACUCUGUGGCAGUGCAGGUGGUGACCCCCCUACUUCCACCCUGGAGAGCCACACACAGACCCCCAUCGACCCUGUCCCUCACCCCCAGGACCAGAUUGACCUUGUCUCUGAAUCCAUCUCCAAGCCCCAGGCCCCAAAACCAUCUACACAGCCAGUCUCUGACCCACAGGUCCAGCCCCCAUCACAGCCAGUCUCUGGCCCACAGGUCCAGCCCCCGCCACAGCCCACUCCCCUGCCUGAAGGUCUGUCACCAGCCAUUGAGAAGAGCGCUCAAGACCUGGCCCUGGUAUGCUACCGGACACUGGGCUUUGCGUUAUGCUGUGCCCUUAUGUUGUUGAGCGCCACAUUGAUUGAUGUAUUGGUUGAUCUUGUUCAGGCUGCUAAGGGGUUGGAGGGAGAGUCAAAGGUCAAGUUCUUCACACCAGAGGUCAACGCCAUCCUACUGGACAUUGAGCUGCAGUGCAGAGAUGUGAGUGGCCAGGUGCGUUCUAAGGUGUACACACACCUUGCCUCAUUCCUCCCCUGCAGCAGAGAGACACUACUGAAACGGGUCAAGAAACUACUGCUGACACAGGAGGAGCCUCUCCAGAGGUUGAGGCAGGCAAUCGACAAGGCGAUGCCGGAACAGAUCUCCCGUUACCACGACGACUGCCAGGCCCACGUCCAGGCCAGGGCCGCUAAGAUGGUGGAGGAGAGUAAAGAGCGAGAACAGAAGGAGAACACAGGAUCAGAGGAGGAGGAGGAGGGGGAAGAGAGGAGUGGUAAACGAGUGGUGGGCCCCAGGAAGAAAUUCAAAUGGAACCAAGAGAUCAGGGAGUGCCUGUGCAGUGCAGUUCGGGUGAGGAUGGACAGAUUCGAAGUGGAGAAAGGGAAAGGUGAGACGCAGGGACCGGAGGAGUUCCUGAAAGCAUUCUUGGACACUGAGAUCAAAGCCCUCUGGCCUAAAGGCUGGAUGCAGCCCAGAGUGCUGCUGAAGGAGAGUAGAAGGGUCCACUGCCCCACUGCACCUCUACAGCAAGUGAAGAGGAAGUCGGUGAAGAAACAGUCCUCUUUGGGCAGUGCUCCAACUCUUCCAGGCACCUCCAGUGGGCCUGGGGAGCCUCAGGUUUUCCUAGGAGUUCAACCCCAGAACGGUUCACCUCGUCUGGGCUCAGGCGUAUCCACAACCCGCCAGAAUCUAGAUGACUCUCUGGAACAGGGUCGCAUCCUCACACCCCCCUCUUUAGGGGUUGUGAAGGAGGAGCUACCUGAGCUGAGGGGGGAGGAGAGUUGCCGGUCUGAUUUUGGUUUCCCCAUCGCUGUGUUGACCCCCUACGAUGAUUUGAAGCCUUUGCCUGUCAGCAUGUCAGCCAAUGCCAACACACAUGCUCAGUCAAUGACCGCGAACACACCCCCUCAGGCGAACACUCCCUCCCAGUCUCCUCUGACUGUGCUCGCUAACCAGGCGCUGGCGCAAGUCCACAUCCACAAAGACUACAUUUCCCAGGGGCACCUAGCGUUGACGCAGGACCUUUCACUCCAGAACAACCACCCUCCACCACAGAAGAAGAAGAAACUGGUUUCUGAGGGGUCUGCACGGAGCUUGCCCCCUCCGGGACACAAGCCCCCUCCGGGACACAAGCCCCCUCCGGGACACAAGCCCCCUCCGGGACACAAGCCCCCUCCGGGACACAAGCCCGCUCCUGGUCUUCCUGGAAUCCCUCUACUCCAUGCCCUGGGUUUCCCGCUCUCCGACUUCGGACCAGGAACCAUGGGAACACUGACCCAGUCACAACAUUCCAAAGACGCCCUGGUCACCGGCACCACUCCCGGAACGUUCCACCACGGACUCACGCACAAUGGCAGCCAGCUGGUGGGAGAGGGACCCAACGCUCAGAGAAAACUACAGUGAUCCAAUCCUCCGACAGUGAACAUCUAGAAUGGACACGUGCAGUAAAAAUGGGGGGGGGGGGGGAACCUGUGAAAAAAAAUGUAUGAGAACUGGAUGUAAAGGCCUAUUGAGCCUUGAAUAAUGAUCUUGGAAUGGAUACCUAUAAGACAUAGGAACUUCUGAGCCCCUGCUGAACAGAUUAGAUGGAACGCUCCUCGUCAGGAACUUCUGAGCCCCUGCUGAACAGAUUAGAUGGAACGCUCCUCGUCAGGAACUUCUGAGCCCCUGCUGAACAGAUUAGAUGGAACGCUCCUCGUCAGGAACUUCUGAGCCCCUGCUGAACAGAUUAGAUGGAACGCUCCUCGUCAGCAAUGGGAUGGGGUGAAACGUUUUAAAUGGGUCACAGAGCUGCAUGUAUAUCACUGGAUAGCACAGUGGUGUUAUGAGGAACUUACUGAAUGUGUUCUUGGCCAUAUUCAAGUUUUAUUGAUAGUUUGGUCAUUCAAAUCAUGUAACCACGUUGGUAGCACGUUGUAAUAAAGCAUUUAAAAUGAAAUAUGA